AGAGGUGUGACUGAGUGGACGGGCAGAGGCUGAGGGAGAGUCAGAGCCAUCUGGGCAAUUGCCAUAUCUUGUUUUUUAUUUUGUUUUUCAAAAAAGAGGGGGAAAGUUGAACUAUAGCACCUUUGUUUUAUAGUGCGUAAACGGGAUAGGCUGUUUCUCCAAAUUCUUUGGAGUCCCAACACUUUCAGGCUGAGCAGUAUAUUUGGAGGUAGUGGUCUGGGUGGAGUCUCGUAAGAUUAUUUCCUACACAUCUAGCAUCUCCUUCCUCUGCGUCCUCCUCCCUCCAGUUUUCCUAAUGUCUGUCUCUCCAUCAUUAGCUUUGAUUUCCUCUUAAUUUUGACUUCAGCGCUGCCAUCUGAUAAGAAUCUCUUUACUCCAUUUCAGCGCCUCCGUCCCUGCGGUGCUCGGAUUACAAUGAAAGGGAUUUUGAAGAUUUGGAUCUCCCUGCUCACACUUUUUGCGCUGACCAAAGGUGCCUUCGGGGGAUACGGGCUGAGCAUGUUUGCUGCGCAGUCUUCCCCUCCGGAUCCGUGCUAUGAUGAGAACGGGAACCCUCGGAGGUGCAUCCCCGACUUUGUCAACUCCGCUUUUGGAAAAGACGUGCGGGUGUCCAGCACCUGCGGCAACCCGGCCGCCCGGUACUGCGUGGUGACAGAGAAGGGAGAAGAGCGCACCAGGGACUGCCACACGUGCGACGCCGGGGACCCCAAGAAGUCUCAUCCACCUGCCUAUUUGACGGACCUGAACAAUCCUCACAACCUCACCUGUUGGCAGUCUGAAAACUACGUGCAGUACCCGCAGAACGUCACCCUCACCCUGUCGUUGGGUAAAAAGUUCGAGGUCACUUAUGUCAGCCUCCAGUUCUGCUCCCCCAGACCAGAAUCCAUGGCAAUCUAUAAGUCCAUGGACUACGGCAAAUCGUGGAUGCCGUUUCAGUUUUAUUCCACACAGUGUAAGAAGAUGUACAACCGGCAGAAUAAGGCAGCAAUCACCAAGCAGAACGAGCAAGAAGCUAUUUGCACGGACUCCCACACGGACAUGCACCCUCUGACAGGCGGCCUCAUCGCCUUCAGCACCCUGGACGGCAGACCGUCAGCGCAUGACUUUGAUAAUUCCCCGGUGUUGCAGGACUGGGUGACCGCCACGGACAUCAAGGUGAUCUUCAGCCGGCUGCACACGUUCGGAGACGAGAACGAGGACGACUCAGAGCUGGCGCGCGACUCCUACUUUUACGCCGUGUCGGACCUGCAGGUCGGAGGACGAUGCAAGUGCAACGGACACGCUUCAAAAUGUGUUAAAGACAGAGAGGGGAAUCUUGUGUGCGAGUGCAAACACAACACGGCAGGACCGGAGUGCGACAGGUGCAAACCUUUCCACUAUGACCGACCCUGGCAGCGCGCCACGGCCAGGGAAGCCAACGAGUGUGUCGCCUGCCACUGUAACCUCCACGCUCGCCGCUGCCGCUUCAACAUGGAGCUGUAUAAGCUAUCGGGCCGCAGGAGCGGAGGGGUCUGUCUCAACUGUCGACACAACACAGCAGGACGCCACUGCCACUACUGCAAGGAGGGUUACUUCAGAGACAUGACCAAGUCCAUUUCUCACCGCAGAGCGUGCAAAGCAUGUGACUGCCAUCCAGUCGGAGCAGCAGGGAAGACGUGCAACCAGACAACAGGCCAAUGCCCCUGCAAGGAUGGAGUGACAGGGAUCACCUGCAACCGCUGUGCCAAGGGCUACCAGCAGAGUCGCUCUCCCAUUGCUCCCUGCAUCAAGAUUCCAGUUGCAUCUCCAACAUCAAGUUACAGCAGCUAUGAGGAGCCAUCAGAUUGUGAAUCUUACUGUAAAGCUUCCAAAGGAAGAAUGAAGAUCACCAUGAAGAAAUACUGUAAAAAAGACUUCGCUGUCCAAGUGCACGUUCUAAAGGGAGAUAAGGCGGGCGAGUGGUGGAAGUUCACCGUCAACAUCAUUUCUGUUUACAAACAAGGAGAGAACCGCAUCCGCCGCGGAGACCAGCUGCUGUGGGUGCGUGCCAAGGAUGUGGCCUGCAAAUGCCCCAAGAUCAAGCCUGGAAGGAAGUACCUGCUCCUGGGUACAGACGAUGACUCCCCUGGACAGAGCGGCGUCGUUGCCGACAAGGGAAGCCUGCUUAUCCCUUGGAAGGACCUGUGGGGCCGUCGGCUUAGGAAGUUUCAACAGCGUGACAAGAGGGGAAAAUGCUAAAAGCAGCUCUAAGAGGAAAGAAAGAAUUUGAUGGAAAGGUGACGAUAAAAUAAUGCUUCCACCUGGAUUCGAGAAAGACGGAGGAAAAGAUGAAUGGAAAAAUUAACUGGAAAAAAAAUAGUGGGAUGCAGGUGAGGAGUAGGAGAAAUGGGGAAUGACUGAGUGCUGCUGCUCUGAACUGGAGCGAAGAGAUUAGUGUAUUUUUAGGAACUUUUUGUGAAGGAGCUCAUGCUACAGUUGUUUUACUUUGUGUUUCAAGGUGAUUUUUUGUUGUGUAAUUGCAGAGUUUGCACCUAAUUUUCCAGAAAUGUCUCAUCCCAAUCAUUUUACCCCUGAUGCCAUUGUUUUAUUAAAGUUUCACGCUGACCUGCAAUGCAUCAUCUGUAUAAGCGUUUUGUCUCUUCAGAGGAUCUUCAAAAGUUUUAAGGGACUGUACCCAUGUGUGCUAGAUGUUCCUUGAAAUGUGCCAAAAUUCAUAUAAGUGAAGCUGAAAUCAUGAACUUGUUCUCAACAGUGGUCUCAAGAGUGCCAUAUUUCUUUGGGCGCCCUGAUCAUAUUUAAUUUACCUUAUUAUGUUCAACAAAAUGCCAUCACAUCCGUGUUUAUCUCUUUUCAUUAUUUACAUUAUGUUGUGGUUGUGACCUCUGCAAUGUAAAGUAACCGUAUGUGCAUACAUAAACAUUAUUUUUGUUUGUAGGUGAUGAUCAGCUAGAUGUAGAAUAGAUUUGUCAACCAUGCACUUAUUUUUAACUAGUCCGAAGUUUUAGAACAUAUGAGAUAUGUUCACAUUUUUAGAGUGGCAUCCAAAAGAAGAAGAAGAAAAAAAAAGAAAUAGUAUUUGAUGUAAAAUUAAAAAAAAAAAAAAUGUAAAGCUGGUGCAAACCCUGCUUGUGUCAAUAAUGAGUGGAUGGAUAUUUCUUGUUCCAAUUAGUGAUUUGAUAAUAUGUGUGCAAGUGAUAGAACUGAUGAAGUAAAGCAUUUUGUUUCAUAAGAAAAAAAGACCUAAAUAUGAAGCAAGCCUCAUACCACUCACAGCAUGCUCCCUUUUUACUGUAGCUGACUGGCUAAUGAUGAUGAAUUAUGCACAUUUAAUUUGUAUACAGUAUUCAGUGUUGUGCGGGAAAAAAAAACAAAAAAAAAAACUGUGGAGUGAUAAAAUAUCAGA